ACGUGUUCUAACCAGUUGUAUAUAACCUAAAUAUUUAUCCAAGCAAAAUAGAGCAGCAAUCAGUCUCAUUGUCCCUGAUUGCACCCCUCCCCCCAAAUAACUUGGACCAUCAACUCCUGAAAGACAAUUGUCAACGCUUCAAGGACAUCCCAAAGUCAUCCCAGGAGAUGACAAUACAAUGUAAUCACCAGGAGACAUUACAGCAUCAACCACUGGUAUAUCUGAACAGUUUUGAGCCCUGCUCGAAUUCAUUACAAAAUCUAGCGCAAAAAGGAAAUUAUUUUUCCCUCGCUCUCUGUUUUUUAUUUUCAGAAAUAAAAAUAUUAAAAAAAUUGUUUUGAGGGCAACACUGAAUUGUCCCUCAGAUCAGAUCAGGCACCGAAAUAUGAGCGACUGAAAGUGGGAGAGAAUAGAUUAUUGUCGGAGUUUUAUUUGAUUCUGAAUGGGUGAUGAUGAAUUUACUCAAUGAAUCGGUGAUUAUUGUCGAUUCGCCGGAGGUCACGGGGACGAUGGCGAGAAAAAGGAGGCCUGGGGCGAAGAAACCCGUGACGAGGUCGGACACCCUGAAAAAGCGCUCCCCUGGGGGAAAGGAGGGGAGGAGUCCCUUGAGAACGGUCUACGAGAGCUUGACCCGGAAAGUCACUGGAUCUUGUGAUGUCAUUCCAAUCACCGUGAAGAGGAAACGAGAUCUGAGCAACAGUCAGUUGACCCCAAAGCUCAAAAAAAAAUGUCGAAAAUCCGAGGUCUCAGAGAACCUCAGAGGUGAUGAGUCUGUCAUCGUCCUCAGCGAUGACGACGACAUUCAGACCCUGCCAGUUGCUCCAGGUCCAUCAGACAUGAUUCCCCUGGUGGAACCCCCUGCCGGGAGCCCUAAGACCUCAGCCACAUCCAAGCCCCCCAACCCCAAGAAGACACCAAAGCGACUGUCGAAGAAGCAGCGGCAGAUACAGAGAAAGGAAAAGCCCCGAAAAAAUGGGGCGGAAAAAAGCCAGGAGAGGAAUGAUGACGUCGAACUGGAGAUCGUCUGGUCCUCUGAAGCCGUCCCCGAGGACUCGCCGAGACCAGCGGAAGAUAAUCCUCCGAUCAAUGAAACGACAGAAAAUCCCGGGGGGAAUGACAGUUUUUUCGUUGAUGUCGCUGGAGAUACGUCCUUACUGCUCAUUGAUUCUCUGGGCCUUGACAAUAGUCAUCCUGAUGAGAAAUUCAAGGUGAAUAAGAAGCAGAAGAAGACGAAGAAGAAGAAAGAGGAGCAACCGGAGAAGCUCAGGGAAAUUAUCAUUGAUGGAUGCAACGUUGCCAUGGCACACGCCAAUUCCAAUGGAUUCUCCGAACAAGGACUGAAAAUUGUGCUGGACUAUUUUCUUGAAAGGGGUCACAAGGUCACGAUUUUCAUACCUCAGCACAAGCGCUGUAAAGAUCGACAGUUGAUUGAGAAAUGGAACAGGGAAGGCAUUGUUGUUUUUACACCUAGUAGGAAAGUUGCGAAUAAGUUUAUCACACCGUAUGACGACAGGUACAUUCUUGAAUACGCUACCAAGUGCCAAGGAAUCGUAAUAUCAUCAGAUCAAUUUCGUGACUUGUGGACGGAGAAGCCGGAGUGGAGAGAAACUAUCGAGAAACGAUUAUUGGCACCAACAUUCGUCGGUGAUUACCUCAUGUUCCCUGAUGAUCCACUAGGCAAAUUUGGGCCCAGACUCAAUACCUUUCUCAAAUUUUAAUCAGGAGACAAAACUACUUUUUUGUACAUAAUAAUAUCCUUUUUAUUGUCCUAUAAAAUCGUUACCUUACACUUUCGUGAUGUAUUUCAAUAUAAAUAUGAUAAUACACAAGAGGAUAUAUUUUUUCCUCUCAAACAAGGGGAAAAGGAUUAAUUAUUGAGAGAGAGAAAGAAUUGACAAAUUCUUAUGUGUACAUAACCUCACUUUAUUUCAUUUAAUCGGUUUGCCGUGCAUUUACAUUUCGUAUGAACAGGCUAUAAAACAUAAAGUAAAUAAAGUGUUUUUUUUGUUUCUUUCCACUGAAAAUAAAUAAAUUAUAAGAAAUACA